UUCGAGGCAAAAUACUGGGCCGACGAGAAAUAUUCUAUCCACGUACGUAGUGAUAAUUCAGAGGAACCAUAAGGAAAUGGCACUGCAAAGAAAUGGAAAUAAAUAUGAACUUUUUAAGCAUUGAAAGGUUUUGCAAGGUUGCCAAAGUGAAGGCCCUCCAUGAUGUGGAGAUAUCAAGCGACUGACGGAUCACUCGCUCACCUUUCAUUUGUUCAACCAGAAAAAGUAAAUCUAAAAGCUCAAAUGAUGUUUCUGCCUAUCAUAGCAAAUUGGAAAUGUUAUCUUGGAUGGAAAUGUUUAUAUGCUCGUCUGCCGAUAAUCAUGGUUAGAGAGCAGUUUGCCAGCAAGAGGGCUUAUAGUGAAAGAAAAAAAAACUGGAACAAAAGACCGGUUUAACAAGAGAGGAAUUCAGUUUUAACCCGAAGUCUUAUUCCAUUCAGUUCAAUAAUGUAUUCCACUUCAAUGGAUCAUAUUCAAAGAUGCCCACAACCCACAAUGGCAUAUCACAAUGGCAUAUCAAUGGCUACCAAACUGAGAGUAGAACAUAACCUUUACCUGUCCCUUUGUCCACACCACUUUUGGUUUGUUUAUGUUCAAGAUGAAGGGGAGUUGCUCUGGGUACAAAGCUGUAGGAAACAUGAAAUACCACCACAAAGACAUAUUUCGUUAUUUCAUCCCUUUAUAUUGUUUUAUUUGAACCAGUAGCUCGAGAGACAAUUUACUAAACAGGACAGGCUAGAAACGCCAAUCUCGACAUGACUUGAAAAUCCGUAACGAUACGUUAUGUUACGUUACGUUUCGUUACAAAACCUCCCACGCACAGAAAAUUACACGAAUAUUUCCCGCGCGUAGACAGCGUGGCCAGCUCGCGACAUUGGCAUUGGGCAUGAAAUAAGCUUAUUUACUUUUAGAGCAAAGAUGGGCAAAAUAUGCAUUAUCAUCAAAUAUGUUAUUGAUUCUUAUCCCUUUGUACGUGCACCUUCAGAUCACGUUAUAACCGAACCACCAGUCAAUGGAAAGUCCAGUGAUGUCAGAAUUUUUUUGUAAAUUACAAUCCAUUUUGGAGAUCAAAAAAUUUUAGUCCUCUUUUCAUGUCAGACAUGUUGUUGUCUACUGAUGGUGAAGCCUCGACGUAUCAAAUGCAUUAACUUACGGCAACAUCAAGCCAAGGUCAUCUGUAUGGUGAUGUUUAUCGAGUAAAUAUGUUUAAAAUAAUUUAUUUCUAUCGUGUGGGGUAGGAUGGCGGCUAACAGACAAUCUGCCUGGAGCAAACGUUAAAAAUAAAGCAAAGUCAACAACAUUAAAAACAUUACAUGGUAUCGUUAGAUCAAAAUAAUACAAUUUUUCUAAUAAAACUAUUUUCUGAGGAAAAUUAUUCAUGCCUUUUUACCAAAACCAAAUGCGUGCGUGUUUGAAAUUUAAUUAGAACCAUGGUUUGUCUUGACUUUGCAGUUCUACUUAUUAUUACUGUACCGAUGGAAGGAAAAACAGUCAUUAAUAUUUGAUUUGAAACACACUGUAAUGGGCAUGCGCAGUUAGACUGCAUCGUCAUUCCGCAUCAUUUAGUGUGAACGUGAGGAGAAUUUUUUAACUUACAUUAUUUUCUCGCUUGAAUUUCGCAAUUUUUGUUUAUUUUUUUUUUUUUUUAUAAAAAACCGUUUUAAGAACUGUACGGUACUCAAUCCCAAUGGAUAGUCCCAAAUCACUUAUUCAUUUCAUUUUAGUUUUCAGCCCUAUUCAAAUCCUAUUUUGUUAACUUGUUCCAAUAACUGCGCAUAAAUGAAAUUUUCCACAACGCCGGAUCACGAACACGGCACUAUACCAGGCUAAGAAAAAUAUCAUUGAGCCCUCCGUUGAUUAUUUGUAUUCUUUAGGAGAUUAAAAUACACCACAACACAAGUUGUGAAUCCUUGAAGCAAACAUUAACACGAGAUACAAUACCGAUAUUGAAUAUUACUUGUUCUACAGGACUGGAACACGUGAGUGAUGUAAACUUUAGCCCGAAUCUUAAGUGAGAUAAGAGCUGGACCUGACUCUGUAACCGAGGAAUUCGUCAUUGUAUUACAACAAGAGUACAAGCUUGUAAUUUGACACAAACCUGCGCAAUUGCUUCUAUUGAUCCCCAAAAAAGUGUAUCGUGUUGCAGGAAUUAUCCCAAAUCGCUUCAAAACGGAAAAGUGAAAAGUGUGAGGAGAAACGUGAGGUUGAAAUGGUUUUCGUCGCGACUUAAAGAACUAGAGAUGGACAUGAUGACAAAGAGAGUCCAGUGUGACCAUGACGUUCAAACAACGUUUGUUUAUCUCUUCUCCUUAUAAGGGACUUUCUCGCUACAACUGUUUAUAGUAUUUACUAUGCAAAUAAGAUUUAAGUCGUUCAGGAAAAGACUUUGUCUAAAUUAUGAAGUUUAUUUCGACAUAUCAGUUUACAUGUACAUCGAAUGUGAAGCAAUAUCCUCACUUUCAUUUUAAUCCGGUGAAAUAUUGGAAGAAUAUCAAGAAUGAAAAGGUCUGAGGGAAAAAAGCCAAAAAGGGACAUGUAAUUGCGGCUCAUCAAGUUGUGGUUGGAGUCUUGUAUGAUCGCUUGCUGUUCAUAACAAUAUACAACGAUUUAGACCAUCUACAAUGUUUUGUAGUUGUUUUGAGGAUUUUACUGCAUGAUGGAUCCUAGAAAAUUUUUAAAACGUCUCGCAACAGAGCUCGGAUUAAUGAAAAAUAACUCAAACGCACAGAAAAAGGCUGAAAAAGUUUCCGAACCUGCCGAUUUUGAACAUCGUGUUCAUGUGGCUUUGGAUGAGGAUUCGGGGCGAUACGUUGGUUUACCAAUGCAAUGGAAACAAAUAGUCGGAAGGAAAUCAGACGAUUUUGCCGGUUCUGGAGAUUCACAUCCAGUGUCGAGAAGAUCUCUCACGCAGAGAAACACCAAUAUACUGGAUGACAACGCGCUUGGUCACACUUUGUCACAAAGAAACACGGGGAAUUUCGCAAUUUUUGCCGCUUCUUUAGAAACGCCGGGAUCAAGAGCAAGUGUUGCGGAUAACCAAGAUUUAAUAAUAGAGAGACUAAAACGAGAGUUGAGAGAUUACAAAGCAAGAAAUCCGCAUGGAUUCCAAGAAUUGAGGGAGGAUGGACUUCUUUCAGGUGAACGUAUUAAUUAUUCCUUACAAAAUCUCGGUGAUACAACGGUGACUCAGUUUUCGCUUUUAAAGAAAACAAACUCAAAUAAUACAUUUCGAAGAAAUACCAAACGGUUUGACGCCUUAGCCGAAGAGGAUUACGAUUUCCCCGAAAACAAGCGUAAUUCAAGGAGUUAUAAUAAUACGCUGUCAUCAACUGCAGUAUCUGGGUACAGCCGAGAUGGUUCAUCUUCGACAAAAAGACACGCAAUCGAAUCAGCGAAUUUUCAACGGGUCCUGAAAAGAUCGGAAAGCGAGGUGUGAAACGAAAAAUUGGUCAUGUUGCUUUAAAUUUUGUUGACUUGAAAAGAUUUGACUGGAGGUAAUUAUUGCUGUAAAUUUUGGCUAGAGAACCCCAAAAUAUAUUCCGUUAUAACAUUGCUUAAUUUGUUCACAUGGCAAAAAAGGUUCCAUUAAAUUAGUCCUGAAAGAAAAAAAGCUUUGUUAUCUGAGAGAAUAAGGUCACUCAAAGAUAAAAAAAGAAAGUAACAGCGAUGCUUAACUGUCCACCAAUAUCUUUUUUUGUGAAUAUUAUAGCCAAGAGAAAUACUAGACAUAUGCAAAUAUAUUAAGAAUAGAGCAGUAGACUUUGUCUGUCUUCCUGAGGCAAACAUUAUUUUAAACAAUGAAAAUUCAAUCAAUCAGUUUUGACUGAUGUGAGGCAAACUUCUUUCUUGAAAGGCGGCUUAGCUUUAAACGACUUGUAAACAUACUUCUUGUACACUGCAAAUGUUGCUUUUAUGGUGUCGCUUUUAAGCGAUAUUGUUUUACUUAAACUUAUGUUCACUUAGUAGUAUGUUUUAAGAGAAAAACACAAUUUUAUGUUAAUGUUUACGUUUAAAAUAUAAAAAUUAAAAUAUAUUCUAAAGAAAACUUAGAAGUGAAAAUAUUGUUUUCGAAUCAUAUUAUGAAAAUGCAAAUCCAUUCUUAACCAAGCCCUGAUGCAUUCUACGAUUCAAAAUAAACGGUCGAUAAGCGCUCGAAGGCGUCUUUAUGA